UUGAAAAUAUGUUUAAUAACGCGGAUCUGUAUUUUGAAGAUAAUUACGAUGUGGAAACGCGAACUAAUCUUCUUCGACAGCGCCGUUUUAUUAGAGAUAAUUCUAAUCCUACAGAGCUACCUAACACAGUAUUCGUUGCGAAUUUCCGCUUGAACAAGGACGCAUUUAUGUAUGUGCUGGAUAAAAUCAAAGACAAAUUUCAUUGUCGGAUGUCGUCUUCCAUAACGCCCAUGUUAAAAUUGUGUGCCGCACUCAGAUUUUUUGCACAUGGCAGUUACCAACAAGCUAUAGGGAAUGAAUUUCAGUUGGGACUUGCUCAACCAACAGUUUCCCUUAUUUUAAAAGAGAUCAUACCCAUUUUGGAAAAUGAAAUUUGUCGUACCCAUAUAAGCGUAGAUAUGAGUGAAGAAGAAAAGCAGCAGGCAAGAAGCAAAUUUUAUUCAAGAUCGGGAAUACCAAAUGUAAUAGGCUGCAUCGAUGGAACCCAUAUCGCGAUUUAUGCUCCUACCACAAACAAACACCUCUAUCUAAACAGAAAAGGAUUUUUUAGCAUAAAUGCAAUGAUUGCUUGUGAUCAUGAUAUGAAUAUCCGUUUUGUGGAUGCUAGAUACGCUGGUUCUACACACGAUUCGUUCGUAUGGAACAAUAGUUCUCUAAAGGCAUGUUUAGAGGCAGCGCAUCAAAAUGGAGAUCAGAACUCUAUUUAUUUAGGUGACUCCGGAUACCCACUAAGCCCUUAUUUAUUAACACCUUUCCGUCAUGCAGAAUCUGGAACUAGGGAGCCAAUUUUUAAUAAGAAGCACGCGAAAGCGAGAAAUGUUGUUGAACGUACGAUUGGAGUUUUGAAAUGCCGUUUCAGAUGUCUUCUGAGUGAUAGAAAAAUGCGCUACGAUCCUGCUAAAGUAACAUCCGUUAUUAAUAUAUGCUGCGCCUUGCACAACAUUUGUAAAAAAUUUAGAAUCGGUGAUCCGGAGGAGGCUGAAACCUUCUUUGAUGCCGUUGUACCAUUGGAACCAAUUAAUGAAAAUGGCAAUGGUUCACCAGGAGAGCGCCGCAGAAGACAAAUUGCUGAUGCUCUGAUGUAAAUGAAACUAUACCGACUUCAGUGAAUAAUAUAUUGUAUUCUUUUAUUUUAUUCAAUACUUUGAAAUUCAAUAUUACAUAGAUAAUAAAUAUAUAAAAAUUACAAAAACUACAUGCUUUUAAAUUAAAUUAAAAAAAUCACAGAUUCAAUUCUGUCACUUACAAUAAUAAAGUAAAAAUAAAUUCAUCACAUGUUUUCUUAAAAAAAUCACAGAUUCAAUUCCGUCACUUACAAUAAUAAAGUAAAAAUAAAUUCAUCACAUGGUUAAAAUAUGAAAUAAAAAAAAAUUCAUCACAUUCUUAUGAAAUAAACUAUAAACUAAAUUCAAUCUAUUUACAAGCACCCUAUUUUUUUUGCAUUUUUAAUUUUAAAAUUUGUAGUUUUAUUUCCAUCUUUUCUUUAUGUCUUUUUUUUUUCUCUAAAUAUUCUUCCUUUCUUCUUUCAUUUUCAUUAAUUUAAUUUCUUCCUGUUUAAGUUCAUAAGUUUUUCUUGCAUACCUUGCAAUUUCAUCUAUUUUUCUUUCCAUUUUUGCAAUUUUGUUGGAAAGGAUGUCUUGCACUUCGGCUUGCUUUUCCAACGCUUUCAUCCGAAUGACUUCACGUUCCUCUACUGUCAUUCUA